GUCACAUUCUGACUGUGGGCUGGUACCUGUGGAGCUGCGCAGACCCUAUCCAAUCUUACGGUCUCUGUCUGACAGUGCUGCCUCUUGCCACUGCUCUGCUGAGUCCCUGGUCCGACCCAGGUCUGUGGAGACGGAUAAUGGCCUUAACAUUGAGAGUACUUACAAAACUGAUAAAGGCAGCUCCAGUCUUGACUCUGUCAGUGAUGAAGAUUUCCUUUUACAUUCUCAUAACACUAUCUUCUGGUUUAUAUGCUGUAGUGUUCUUAACCCUCAUAACCCAAUGAAGCAUUUUACCAGGAGGAGUCACAAGUAUGGUUUUGCUUUUGCUUUAAAAGUGCACAAAGCUGAUAGCAAGUCCUCAAACUGA